GUGAACAUAUACUCAUGGACAUCUUGAGUCUCGUUUUGGCAUGUUUUACCUACAUCAUUUUCACCUGUCCUUUUUGCCUGUGUGUGCUGAGAGUGAAAUGCCAAGUGCUGGAAAGAAAAUAUUUUAAGUCGGACAUAAAUUUAACAUUCAAUGAAUGUGAUAAAUUUGAACUUCUGGACUAUAAAAUCGGUGUACAUUGUAAUAAGAUAGAAGCCCUCAAUGAAUCCUUGUCAGAAGUUCCUCUGGAAACCGACUGGCUUUGUCUAACAGAUUAUAAAGGCUCCAAAAUUGAAACAGCAUCGUUUUCUCGAUUGAGGAACCUCCAAGCACUAUAUGUCACUGGGGUAUUUGAGCUUUUACCCAAAGCCUUUUCAGGAUUAUCUCAACUCUCUACUCUAUGGAUAGCAUUAGAAAACACUUCUGCCACUAUUACAUUUCAUAAAGAUACUUUUGAUGGUCUAAACAACCUCUUGGAGCUCAAAUUAUUUGGUAUACAGUUUUCUGCCUUGGAUACAUCAAUCUUUAACCAUCUUAAUCAUCUAGAACAUCUGAUAUUGGAAUAUAAUCGCAUCAGUUUCUUGUCAACAGUAACCAAAUCCUUAAAACUAAAAACAUUACAAAAACUAUCAAUAAUCAAAAAUGACAUUUACAUCCUAAGGGAAGAAGACUGUUUAUACUCAGACUAUCCUACAAACCGUGAUCAAUAUGUGGAUUUUAACAUAAGCGUCCUUGAUCUGAGCGAAAACUUUCUACAAUCUAUCGAGAAUAAUUCUUUGUGUAACUUUCCAUACUUGUUAGUUUUUAAAGCUGACAAAACUGGAAUCCAGACUAAGCAACUUUUCCAAUCAGGAAUUAAAAUGACUAAAACACUUUUCUUAACAAAUAUAUUCUUUAAUUCAGUGGAACUCUGUAAGUAUUCUUCCCGUAUGAACGUGACAGAGCUUAUAUUAGGAUAUAAUUCAGUGCUUGAAUUUGAUACAUACACGGACACCUGCUUAAAUUUGAAAAAAAUUGAUUUAUCAAAUAAUUCAUUGAAAAGAAUACAUCACAAUCAAUCAAGAAAAUUAAAAAACUUAGAAUAUUUAGAUUUAUCCUUUAAUAAAAUACAAGUUUUCAAUAUUUGCCCAAAUGAAACUUUACAUGAUUUUGUCAUGAAACUUGAGCAUUUAAACAUAUCUUUCAAUUUUGUAACAAAUCUUGCCAAAGGACAAUUCAGUUGUCUCCAUCAUCUUCAGCUUGAAGAUAUCAGGAACUGGAAGUCUCUGCUGCAGAAUGCUCUUAUCCUGUAUGAAUUGAACCCUGCCUUAGCCAUAUCUCUGGUGGGGGUGAAGUCAUGA